GUGUGGUUGUUUACGGAAUGCAGCGGUACCUCAACAGAAAAGCUGGAAUCUGGAAUUUGCGCGUGCCACAAAGCAGCAUUCUGCUGUUGACAUAAACUCUAUGCAAGUAAAAUGUGGCAGUUUUAUGUCUCCGGUCGUUCAUCAUCAAAUGGUAGUCUUGAAAAAAAUGUGCAGCAGGCUUGUUGGCUAAUACUGUCGUUAUAACGACGCUAUAGUUUGUUUUACAUAAGGUCCAGGGUAAUGGAUACAACCGCACUGUCAUUCUUAAUCAAUAGUCGCUAAAAUUGGGAGCUGAGAUUGAGAAAUUGAUUCACAUUCUUGUUAAACACCGGUCCAGAGCUGUUUCCUAUUUUGUUUCCUGUGAACUGUCCACACUUGUCACGACAUCAUUGCCGUAAUGGCCGAUACUGUAGUGACAUUUCAGUCUCAGCUCUCCGGUGUCAUGGAGACAGUCUUCAAGGCUGCCAUGUACGAGAUUACCCGGCUGGUGGAGGAAAGUUUUUUGGAAGAGGUGACGCGGUGCAGGGAGCAGGUCGAGACUCUGAAGAGGCGACUGAGAUGGUCAGAGUGUCGACGCAAGGACAGAGAGGGAGACAGGAGGCCGGGGCUGAGGUGCUCUGACUGCGGGAGAGCCGGGGUUUCUGAUGAGGAGAGACCCAGAGAUACGGAGAUAAGCCUGAAACAAGAGAGUGUGCUGCAAGAGGGAAUAAGUGGCUCUCAGUGCACUGAAAAAGAGACAGCUGAUCAUGAAGUGGAUGAGGUAAGACCUGAGGACCACUGCACAAUUAGGACAACUCGGUCUCCUGGUGUACAAGGUGAACAUCUGGAUAGACUGUUAAAGGAGGAAGCCCUUCACAUCCCACCAGAAACCACUGAGUCUCAAGAGAGAUGGGGAAUUCAUUUGGAUGAAACGGAUACAGCAGGUGUGCCGGGGCCCAGUAAACGUUACAGUGACCAAAAGAUCCCAAAGUGCCAAGUGAACUGGGAAGCUGGCUUUGAGCAGAGAGUUCAAUCAGAGCAACAACGACACUUGGGUGACCCAUCUGAACCUCUUUUCCAGAACCGAUACAGCAUGGAAGGCUUGGGCGACAUUGACAAGACUGGCUAUGACGAUGCCAACAUGAUAGAAAUGGGUAAUUUAGAUCAGUUACACGGAUCACCAUCCCACCUGGGUGAGGAAUUGAAUUACAUGGGACAUUAUGAGGGGGAUGUAGAGGCACCUGAAGGAACUGAGCAUCAAAUGUACCAGACAGGUGCCCCACGAAGUGGAGGUUCACCUGUUGGCUCACCCUCAAAGACUAACAUUGAUGUAGGUGGAGAAUUCAGCUGUUUAUUGAUUAAUGAGGAAGGAUAUCUACAAGACCCAAGUAUACUGUACUCGGGUGAUUCAGGAGGCAGAUUCCAGGGCCAGGGCUUUCAAAAUGACCAGUCUUUAGACAGCACCAAGGAUAUCUAUGGGGUCUCAGAUACAUACAGUGAUACCUUAAACCUCGGAGGGAGGUUACAGCAUCAGGCAGCUGGGAGAGGUGGUAGGAGACACACAUGUCAUCAGUGCUGCUUGUCGUUCCCAGAUUCCACCUCUCUUAAGGCUCAUAAACAGAUGCACAAAGGCCCCGGACAAGGGUCACCAUACUCCUGCACCCAAUGUGGAAAGACAUUUACCCAAGCCUGUAACCUCAAAGUCCACCAGAGGAUUCACUCUGGUCAGGGGCUCCACCUUUGCAGCCAUUGCGGUAAAAGUUUCCCUUCCUUCUCUGAUCUUAAGAUGCAUAAAUGUGGCCGGACAGCUGACAAACCGUAUUGCUGCACCGUUUGUGGGAACAAGUUCAGCCGUCUCUGGAAUCUGAAGCUCCAUCGCAGAAUUCACACACAGGAAAAACCUCAUCGCUGCACAAUGUGCGAUAAGAGCUUCACACGGGCGGACAUACUGAAGGUUCACCAGCGCACCCACACAGGGGAAAGACCGUACUGCUGUGCUGUCUGUGGUCUCAGCUUCAAACGACUAGAUCAUCUGAAGUCACACCAGCGAAAACACGUGCCAGCCCUUUAAAACUACAUUUAAAAGGCUUCCGUGCAUUUUAAAGUUUGAGUCAAGAGUGUGACUUAAUUUAAAAUAUUUAAAUGAAUGUUUGUAUUUGAGUCAUAGUUGUUUCUCAUCAAUAUUGCUACAACCCAAAGUGGUACCUUGUGGUCUGGUUAUUUUCUUUUCUCUGGUUGUAAUUCACAAACCAUAUAGUUGCUAAGGAAAGUGCCAGUCAAAAACAACAAACAUCUGUUUGUUCAAAAAAAGGAGUAUCAUCCAUGUGACUACAUAACGGUUUCAGAAUGAAAGUAAAAGUUUGUUGCUGUAUUUCAUUAUUGGUUACUUCACCAUGUCUGUAAAUACCAAUUCAUGAGAUUCAAUCUCAGUUCUUAUUAUGUUUGGGGUUUUUCUCAAUCGAGGCCGUUUCUGAGAAUGUUCUUUUUUCUCAGGACAAAUUGUAUUAUAACACAAGACUUCAUAAAGACAAAGAUAUUUUUGCACUGUAAGGUGUAGAAUGGUGUAUAAAUGUCACUUAAA